AUGUCAAAGACUCAUCUAGAAGAUGCAUCUUUACUGGGCCACUCACAUGUCUUGCCACGCUGUGUUCAGGAGAAGUUGGUGGGCGAGUUUGGCCAGGAGGUUCUGGGCUGCAGAUGCGCUGGAAGUAAGACGACUCAUGGCAGCUGCGGCUACCACUUCCACUUCAUGUCCAGCGAAGAGAAGCCUUGGUGUCGCACCAAAUUUGGUUGUGGACACUAUUCCAUCAAGGGACCCUGGGUCUACUGUGAUGAACAAGGUGUUGAGCGACGAAGAGCUGAAGAUGGGAAGCUAUACAAUGCCCUGCAAUUCAAGAAGUUCUAUGACAAGGAGGGGAGGGACAAAUGGACAAAUGCGGCCAAAUACACAGAAACGCGAAUCGCCAGAAAUGGCAAGGCAUAUACAGCGGCAGAGUUCAGAGACUAUUACAUCGACUACCUUGGUGAGGAGGGCUGGGUGAAGGAGUGGUCCAGCUCCAAAGAGGAGAGCAGAAAGGCCAACGACGGCAGUUUCUACACCUUUGACGAGUUUAUGAAGCAUUAUGGCAAGGACAAGGCAUGGCACAUGUGGGACACUGCCAGCAAGUUGCGCCCGGAGCUUUGA